AUGGCAAAGAUGAAAUUACAAUUAGGAUCAUAUGGCAAAGCCUUUCUUCUAGCUGAAUAAGCCAUGAGUACACUAGAAAAGGACCUAAUUGAUAGGUUGAAACAAAGAGACUCAAAAAUUGAAGACGCCAUGCUACUCAUCAAUGGCUAUUUAAUUUUAGCUAAAUCCUACGAGUUUUCAUCAGACUAUGAUAUUCAGUACAUCCAAAGCAAAAGCGUAUGGGCUCAGAGAAACUAAUAAGAUUAAUUUUGUAAAUUCUAUUUAAAUGCAAAAUAAUUGGCAAUUAAAUAUUUAGGAAACAACAAUAAGCUCAUCUAAAAAUUACAAUAUUCGUGUUCUCAUCGUGUCUAAAAUCCCAAAACUCCUCAACCAAUACCGUAAUUAAUUUCAAGACAAUAGUUGAAUCAAUUAAUUUAAUUAUUGAAAUUGGUAAAAGGUAGAGUCAUUAUAGUCAUACAACCAGAAAAACCUCUGAUCAGAAGAUGCUUAAAGGGAUCAAUAGACACUCAUAAAACCACAUCGACAUAGAACAGUCAAGUCGAUAUGUCUAAACCAUACAUCAAGCAAUUUAGAGUGAGAUGUAAAUAAAACAGUCAUCACGAGAUUAAUUCUUCCGAUGAAACUACAAAAGAGAAAAUGCAGAAUUGUGAUACCCCUAUUUCUCAAUAUAAAUAAUUAGAAACUAUUAUUCAAAAGAAGGUUGAAGAGUAAUUGACUAUGAAAUUGAAUGCUAAAUAAUAGAAUAAUCUUGAAGAAUAAAAGAAAUUGUAGGAGUAGAAUUAACAAAUAUCUAAUUUAUAUGAUUAAAUUCAACAGCUUAAGGAAUAACUCAAAUAAAAAGAGGUAUUACAAGAGUAACAAAAAGUGCAAAUUGAACUCUUACAAGCUCAUAAUAAGCAGUAGUUAUUAAAGAAUGCAAAAUCCAUCUAGAGUCCUAUCAAAAAGAAUAAUUUUAUAAAGGAAUUUUAAAUAUCAAGUGAAUAAAAAUAAUCUCUGGUUUAAAGUGCCAUCCAAAUCAAAAGAGCUGAAAUUAAUGAAUUCAAUACUGAAUAAACACCUAUCAAAUUGGUAAACUCUAUUAUUGGGGAAUUCUAAACUCCUGGAAAUAAGAGUUCCAUUGCAGAAUUUUAAACCAACAAAAAAAGCACGCCUCCCUUUAGUUUUAGUUUCCACAAAAAUUAAUAGCAAUCAAUAGAUGUGCCAUUAACUCCCCCUCCAAAUGUCACUUAAGAUAACACUCUUGAUCAAUCCCAACAAUGGCCAUCUCAAAAAUUAUAAUACAUCAGUAUAAUUGAAUUUGAAGAAUCUAUGAAUUUCUCAAUCACCUAUUGUAAAAUCCAAUUAGGAACAUUAUUCCAUUUAAUUAUAACCUAAUGA